CGCUAUUGUCUCCAGGCUGCCUGGGACGAGGCCCUUGCUGGGCCCGAGCGAACAUGAUCUCAAUUAAAACUAACGGCGGCCGUCAAAAUAGAGGAGAGGAGCCUGCCUGCCUAGGGGCCCCGAGAGUCGUGAGUCGCAGCUCCUUGCUCCAGUCCGUGGAGCCGCGGGCAGCAGAGAGAAAGGAGCUAGGUGCCCCUCGGGAAGGAGGCCCAGCCGGGCUGGAGGCCCUGCGUCCUGCGGGAGGCGAGUCUGGCCGAGGGGGUCCCCAGGCCGCCUUGCCGCCCCUCACGCCCCGAGUCAGAAAGACUUCUUCGUGGAACAGCUUCCUGGAGCCAGCCCUGCCGGCAGAUGCCGGGACUCGCGGCAGGCUGGACAGAUGGAUUUCUGGCCCUGCUGGCGCUCACAGUUUGGUGGGAAGCAGAUGUCAGGCCGGGACAGGCACAGAGACAGGGCACUGCACGGUGCCAUGGGAAUCAACCCAGUCCGGGGUGCAGCCAGGAGGGUGUCCUGGAGGAGUUACCGAGAAGGAAGUCCAGCAGUGGUACAAGGGCUUUAUCAAAGACUGCCCCAGUGGGCAGCUGGAUGCGGCAGGCUUCCAGAAGAUCUACAAGCAGUUCUUCCCAUUUGGAGACCCCACCAAGUUCGCCACGUUUGUCUUCAAUGUCUUCGAUGAAAACAAGGACGGGCGGAUCGAGUUCUCCGAGUUCAUCCAGGCGCUGUCGGUGACCUCGCGGGGAACCCUGGACGAGAAGCUGCGGUGGGCCUUCAAGCUCUAUGACUUGGACAACGACGGCUACAUCACCAGGAGCGAGAUGCUGGACAUCGUGGACGCCAUCUACCAGAUGGUGGGGAACACCGUGGAGCUCCCCGAGGAGGAGAACACUCCGGAGAAGAGGGUGGACCGGAUCUUUGCCAUGAUGGACAAGAACGCGGACGGGAAGCUGACGCUGCAGGAGUUCCAGGAAGGGUCCAAGGCAGACCCCUCCAUCGUGCAGGCGCUGUCCCUCUACGACGGGCUGGUAUAGUCCAGGGCCCAGAGCUGCGAUGCCUGGGAACCACUCGCCUCCUCCCGUGCCACGAGGCCACCUCCGCCCCGACACCGCCCCACGUGCCCCCCGGCCUUCCUCCGCGUCCACACAGGCCGGCUGGCUGCCCUCGUGCCGGGAGGCCCCGGCUCUCCCCGCCCCUGCCCUGCACCCACCCGCCACCUGAAGCCACCGGCUCCAAUUGCCAAAAACCUCCGCUCGAAAGACGACACAACGAAACGGAAAAGGCUACAGCCCUCUGCAAAACCACGGACUCGGGCCGCUUCGCAGGCAGCCCCUCGGUUCCUCCCGCUCUCCUGCGUGUGCUUUCGUUUUUUAUUUCAAACAGACGUUCUAAAAGAAAAAAACGACUACCUUCUGUCCUAGAAGACACAGACUGAAAGAUGGGGAGAAGGCCUUGGGGACUUCCGCCCCUCCCACCCCCCGAGCCCCCGGUCCCCUGGCAGCCGAGAGGCGGUGGCGGGCCUGGGUGUCAGGGGGCCUGGCCGAUUAGCGUUACCUGUCGUCCCUUUUAGCAGCAAAACCACCUGCGUGGCCAGGAUGAUUAGCGAUGAGGGUGACGAUUUUUUGUGAUAACAGUAUUGUGCUCUUUGUGGGGAAAGUGAGGUUUUUUUUAUAUACAUAUAUAAUUGAUAUCUUUUAUUUAUUGGUUGUUAACCGUUGCUGCUGCCUCCCGGGCCUGCAGCUCCCAGGGCUGGGGGCCCCCGUUUACAUGUGCACGCCCCGCCCGCCCGCCCGCCCGCCACGCUCGCUCGGGAGGCCGGUGGCCUGCAGCAGGCCGAGAUGCCAAAAAACACUUUUUUUUUUUCAGAUACUGUGCUUGAUGUUCGGAGAGGGGAGAGGUAGGAUUUCCUGACUGGCUAAUGCACUGUUUUCUCCAGCCGGAUGUCCCCCCAAGUCCCCUUUCCCUGCUGCCCCCCACCCCCUGCCAACCUUGUUCUCCUCUGGGUCCAUCACAUUUUUUCCGAGGACGAACAGGGAACAUCUUUAGAUUUCUUAACUCUCACUUUUCUGUUUGCCGCGGUAUGGGAAACGAAGAGCCUUGUGCUCACACAGGACUCCAGGAAGAAGGACCGGGUACAUCGGCCGCGUAGGGAGGGUCGGUCUCUGCGAGACGUUGGCAGAAGUAAGGGCCGCCUCCACCUCCUUGGGCGGGGCGGGGGCUUGAAGAUAUCCAGGACUCUCUGCUCGGCCUUCCCACCUCCCUGUCUGCUUUUCUGAGCGGAGGACACGGUGUUCUUUACUGUCCCUCGCUUAGCUCAAGGGUUGGCGGAGAGGGGAGCAGAGCAGAGUUCCCGGCAGUCCCAUUGAGAGAGUCUCUGCUCCUGGGGCUGUGGCCGGCACGCCCUCACGGGAGGCUUCUAGCUCUGCCUGCCACUGAGGCAGGAGUGGCCCCACAGCCGUCACCAGCAAUGUCAGGUGACCCUGGACCAGAGGUCAGAAGUCCCAGGUCUGGCCCUUGCCCUCUGGGCCCCAGCUGCCCAGCGUGCAGAGCUGGGGGCCUGGCCUGGUUGGUCCUGAAGGCCCUUUCCGUGCUGACAUCAUGUCAUUCCAAGCCUGGGAUUUGGUUCCCUGCAGUGUGUGGUUCUGUAGCCUGUGGCUGCGUUUGCUGGAGUCACAGCGUGGCCCCGGCUGCAUCUCGUGGCCAAGUCUUUGGGCACACAGCGUUGGUUGCUUCUGCGUGGGGUCUGUCCCAUAAGCCAGAUGUGUCGGGUGGCCACUCCUUGUCCCUCCCAGCCGCAAUUCGGGUCCCACCUGGACCCUUGAGCUCCCUUUUUGGCCCAGAACUAGUCCUCACCGAGGGAAGCCUUGUGGGGUGAGAAGCAGCCUCCCAACUGUUCGGGGCCAGGCCUGGGUCUGGAAUUCUUGCUGCUGCUUUGCAAAGCCCACGUCCUAUCGUCCCGUCCCCAGGGGCAGGUCUGGCCCUCGGCUCCCCCGAGUUGUCCUUGCUCUCCACUUUGCACACCCAGGAGGCCAGGCCUGCCUGCUGCUCCACCCUCGGCACGGAGGCUUCUGGGCACACAAAUCCUCUGCCAGAGCAGCUUUGCCGCGUCCACACCCCAGCUGGGCAGUCGGCCAGCUCCCGCCAUCUCCCCCUGGCAUGGGCAGCCCCUUUGGCUGCGCUCUGGCCCCACCGUCAACCCCCCAGGUCCUGCGGGGGUGGGGAGCAGUGCUUCUGCCUUCACAGGCAACUUGGAAGGGUGGACUCUUCGGGCACCCUGCUGGCCGGCUUCUGCCCGGGAGGUCUUGGGCUCACCACCCGUCGCUGCCGUUCCUCAGGCGGCUCCCAGCUGGGGUCCCAGGGCAGGGGACGGACUUGGCGACUUGGGGUUGAGAGAAUGAGAGUGGGGUCUUUCCCAGGUCAGCUUCCUUCUCUUUGGCCUCUGCCUGAGCCUCGACUUGCCUCUCUGGUCAAGUGGGAGCGGUGCUGCUGUGCCUCCUGUCCCGGAGGCAUCACGGCAAAGCCACUGUGGCCGAGUCGCCCUGCCCUUUGGCCUUCUUCCUGGUUUGGAGCCACGGUGUGGCUUUUGUCCUUAGCAGGCGGUGUCCUGGGGACCUUCGGGCCUAUGCCUCGGGCACACCUGUGUCCCAAGCCCUGAGACAGCCCAGAGCUGCCAGAAGGUUCUCCCUUCUGACUGGACACUGGUCACUUUCGCUCACGGUUGCCAGGCAGGGACCGGUUUCUGUACCCUCUUCUCACCGCCGAGGUUCUGUGGCGGCACCCUCAGAGCCUUAGGCCAGACCCUCCUGCGCAGCCCUCGCCUUUCCCUACUUUGUUUUCCACUGAGGCCCUGCCCCGCUGGGCGCCUGCUGCCCUCCCUGGCGUCCGCCCCAGAGGCCAGGCCCUCAGCCCCUCUGCAGAGCGUCAUGCCGGGCGGGGCGGGGCGGGGGCCAGGCCUCUUCCUCAGUGUCUGCACCUCACUUUGUGUCGAUGGUGACUCCGGAGAACCUGACGAUGUUUCCAUUAUUUAACGGGCAGCGUUUAAAUGACAUCCAGGCUAGCAUAGGUGUCACCCUCUGUACAUCUCUUCCCCCGGAACGCUUCCCCACCCGACAGCCGGUUUCCUAGAACAACGCACCUGGGCUUUCGGGGACGUUGUCUCUCGUGGGAAGAGGGCUGGGGGAGGUCGGGAAGCCUGGGGGUCCCUCCCAGGAGAGAAAGCCCCCACUCUUCCCCCCCUCCCCAUUGCCAAUUGGAAAGCCAGCCGGUUCCCAGCACAGUUUCAGCUUGUAAGGGGUUCAAGGAGGCAUGGGGCGCCCCCUGGUGUUGGCGAGCCUCAAAGGCAUCUGGGGGCUGCAGUCCUGCCCAGCAGGUGGUCCAGAGGGAGGUGGGCAGCCAGGAGGGCCUGGGCCUCCACGUUCUUGGCAGUGUGUUCCCAGACGCCCCCUGCAGGUGAACUAGCAUAAGGGCGCGGUGAUGGGAAGCCUUGCCCUGCCAACCGCCCUUUUUUUUUUUUUAAAUAUCUGCAGAAUAAACCCAAUGGUUAAUUUUUGAAUGAAUAAAAAGGCUUUUGUUGAAUAAACAGCUGGUCCCAUCUUCUGUCUUGGCAUCUUGGCAUCCAGGCUCAGGCUCUGUCUGCUCUCCGGGACUGAGAUAAAUGCAGAACACCCCCUGCCCCCUGCUGCACGUGGCCCUGUCUUCCCCUGUCACUGCAGUGGCUCGUGGCCCCAGGGAGGCCCACCUCACUCUCGGUCUGAUUCAGUGGGCAGCUUCCUUGGGACUCUGCAAAUCACUUCUGCUCGCUGGGUCUCAGUUUCCGCCUCCCUUCCAUGGGAGCAAGAGUGGUUGCUCGGGUGCCUCCCAGGGGCCUGGCACGGCCUGGACAUGAGCGCGGUGACCCCAGCCUCCUGCAGAGGUGGAAGCCAUGCCCUGAAUUGUUGGUGCCUCACCUGGAGCCUGCAGCUUUGGAGAGGAAUUUGGGUGACUCUUGCAAAAACAAACCAAAAAAGGCACUGUUUCCUGGCGUAGUUGUUUGUUUCCUUCCCUGCUUGCCUUCCCAGCCCCUCUGAGCCUCUUUUUGGGGUGCUGUCUUGUCUGACUCCUCUGGUGUGUGUUUCUGGGGAAGGGGUAGGCCCUGGCCGGUGGACGGGGCCGUGUGGCAUGCCCAGGCCUUCCCGUGCUCCUGCUGUAUGUUGUCCAUGUCAUGCCGAUUAAACACGCUUCCUGGA